GCCCUGAUUUUUAAUCGCUGUUGGAGAUUACAAUUUUGUCAAAAAUAAAGAAGCAAGUAGAUUUCGUUUUCGUUUCAGAUCCCAACCAGUGAAGAAAAUUCUGUUCGACGGGUACAACGAUGCUCUUCUCGAUGUUGGUCACUCAGAGAUUGUCAAUUUUCUGAGUGGUCUGCUGAACGGUGGAAAGAGCAUCAUUCCUAUACCUAUACCAGAUAUGCCUCUGCUUGGAUUCUUUCAAGGAUAUAACAACAGCAGAGACGAGGAAUAUUGGAUCAACACUGGAAAACGCAAUAUCGAUGAGCUCGGCGAAAUCAUCACGUGGGCCAAUCGGACGAGCUUACCAGAUUCAUGGUGGCCAACGGAGUAUUCACGAAGCAUUCGGGGAUCUGAUUCUGGAAGCUUCUGCAAAAUGCGUCUUCAAGAAGAUGAUAAGCUGCCUUUCUUCCAAUCAUUUAUGUGUCGCUCAUUUACGAAAACGUUCUUCAAUAAGACUACCAUCCGUGGAAUUCCGGCCUAUACGUAUGCAGUACCAUACGAGGAUUAUGACACGACGUCCGACAUAAACAUUGGCUUCCGAUACAAGAACAUCGAGAAGGUCAAUUACUAUCCGGACUGGCCCUAUUGCCCUGACCGGAACCCACGUCGGUGCGUAGAUCCAGGGACGGUGAAUUGCACACUCCAGAAGAAUCUCUGUCAUGAUUGCUGCUAUGGCAGUUACGUGGGUGGAACUUAUUUGAUGCCUCCUGGAAUUUUCCCACUUGUUUGCUAUCCUGGUGAAUUUUUACUGGCAUUGAAAUGUUUAUUAGUACUUUCAGGCCGACUGAAACCUACUCCUUUCGCAAUAAUGUAUUCUCCGCCACAUUUUCUCUACUCACCUCCGCAAAUGAUAAAUUCAGUGGUCGGCCUUCAUCCAAAUUAUGAAUCACAUCGACCGAUGAUGUACAGCCAUGAACCGGUACUUUAAGCUAUAAAACUAAUUGGUUACUUUCUGAAAGUGCUUCAGUAUUCCGGAACAGUAAUAGAGGCGUUCUACCGACUACAGAUCUCGAUGCCUAUGAUGAGAAGCAGUGUCGUUAUCCAAAAUCGCGACAUAACGCAGGCGAUUGUGCCGAUGUUUUGGGAGGACUCGCGCAUAGUUCUCAUCGAUGCCGUCUAUAACAAUAUCUGGAUAGGCUUUGUUUUCAUCCCGAAGUUCAUCGACUUCAUGAAGUACUCGUUGGCAACGCUGUCAGUCCUACUACUCACGUUCGUACUCUUGAGGCGUCUACGCCACCGGCGGGUUCUCUCCAUGAGCUCCACUCAGGUUUCUUCAAACUGA